UUUCGAUUCUUUUCUUCCGUCUCUUUUAUGUCUUCAUUAGUUUUUUUUUUUCUGUUUGGAUGCCGAGAAAUCUAAUAACGAAACGAAUAAGGAAAAGAAAUGAGAAGCUCAAUGUUGUGUUCUGUUUCGAUUGAUAAAUUAUAUGGAUGAGUUCAAUUAUCUGUUUUCUUUUAUAUUUAAAAACAUCGCAGGGAAAUGUUAGAGCUUAGAAACAAAUUCCUUUUUUCCCUUAGAAAUUAAAAAGAGGGUUUAAGAUUUUGAGAGAUUUGGAUUCUGGUGGAAGAUCUGAUUCUUAGGUAUCUCUGCUGUUUGGUUGCCUAUAAAUUGUGAAGGAAGAAGGCUCAAUUGAAGUAUAUGGAUAUCAUCUUAAAGGACUAAAAGAGAAGCAUGUAAAAGUUCAGAGUUGUUAGAUAUCACUUUGCACCACAUAUUACGUGGAAUGCUCGAUCAGCAUUUUGUGAGAGAAAAAAUGAAUGAGUGAUCAUUUUGUUCAAAUUUAUUAAUGGUGGUAAUUAAAUUAACAAUUUUUUUAGGAUGACUGGUGAAGUAAUUUUCCCUUAAUUUGAAGUAUCCAAAUAAAAUUUAGAUAUACUUUUUUUCUUCUAUUACCCAAAUCCAAACAUAGCACUAAAAAGAAUUUAAUACUAGAGUUUAGAGAAACGGCAUUAAAUUUUUUCUUUUCGAAAAACAAAGUUCCCGUCUACGGACCCAAACCCUUCAAAGCAACAAAUCCGCCGUUGAAUUUCGAAGGUACCGACCCUACCCCUUUAAUCUUUUACAAAUUUACUUUUCUUACCGUUCUUGUUCAGUUCUCUCCUUUCUCGCGGCAUUUUUAAUUUUUUUUUAAUAAGAGAUAGAGAUAGGAGCAGGGGUUGUCCAGCGAUCGGCACUGGUAUGGCUUGAAGAUUUGAACACAAGGUUCGAGAGAAUUGCAGUGGACUUCAGGUUUUGCAGUUGCAGGGCAUAGUAUAUGUUCAGGGUGGUCGAUCAUGUCUCUCUAUUCCUUGAAAAUGAAUGCACUGCAUUGUAAAGCCUAUUUGGGGUACAUGUCCAACUGAAGGAUUUCAAGUUGAGGAAGUUAGGGUUUCUAUUUGAGUGUAAAAUAUGGCUGGAAAUGCAGCAUCAAUCUUUUGGUUGGAAGAAUACAGUGGGAAGUCACUUACUCCUGUCGGUUCGAAAAGAAAGGCCAAAUCGAAGAAACUGGAGUUUAAUGGCUGGGGAUCUAAACCACUCAUUGAAUUUCUUGAAUCUAUUGGUAAAGACACCACCGAGAAGAUCUCUCAGCAUGAUGUUAGUGACAUUAUAGGCAAAUAUAUUAAUGACAAUAACCUUACUAACCCAGCAAAAAAGAAGAGAGUUCUUUGUGAUGAAAGGCUUUAUUCUAUUUUUGGAAGAAAAACAAUAAGCCGAAUCAAAGUCUAUGACUUGCUUGAGACACACUAUUUAGAAAACCAAGAUGCAUGGGAUGAUGACUUCUUUUUUAGCUCAGAAGAGGAGAAUCUUGGUGAAGAAAAGAAAUGUUUGAGAUUGGAGAAAAAAACUUACCAGAAGAAAAGGGGUUUUGAAACACCGAAAAGCUGCUUUGCUGCAAUAAUACCAGAGAAUAUUAAACUAGUGUACUUGAAAAAGAGCUUAGUUCUGGAUCUUUCAAAAGAUUUUGGAAGCUUUGAAGCUAAAGUGGUAGAUAGCUUUGUGAGGAUCAAAUCAGAUCCUAAUAACUUCCUUCAGAAAAAUUCUCAUCAGCUUGUGAUUGUUAAAGGGAUGAAGAAGGUCUCUGGGAAUAAUGAUGUAAAUGCAGACAUUCUCCUUCAGGUUUCAAAUUUUGUGAAAGAUGUUAGAAUUGCCAUGCUUUCAGAAGAUGAUUUCUCUCAGGAAGAAUGUGAAGAUUUGCAUCAGAGAAUGAAAAAGGGCUUGCUGAAGAGACCAACCGUUGCGGAACUUGAAGCAAAGGCUCGGGCUUUACAUGAAGAUAUAACCAAGCAUUGGCUUGCAGCAGAACUUACCUUGUUACCAAAGCUCAUAGACCGUGCCAAUGAAAAGGGAUGGCGCAGAGAAAUGUUCGAGUACAUGGAAAGGAGACAACUGCUUCAGACUCCAGAGGAACAGUCACGACUGCUGUGUGAGGUUCCAAAUGUUAUUGCAGAGGAAGUAGAACCUGAAACUGUACCGCAAGAUGUUAAACAUGAAAAGGAUAGCUCACAGAUAUCAACCGUGAGGGAAACUUUGGAAAUUCCUAGCAAUCCAGUUUCAAAUGGAAAAUUGUCAACCUUGUUGCCCUUAAAACCAGGUAAUGUGGCCCAAUCUUCCCCCAUAAUUUUAAAAGACGAUACAGUUCAUUGCCAUGAUGUUCAGGAGCAGCUAAUCCGCCCAAGAGACAACAAUGUCAGGAGUACACAGGUUGGAAAUGUACCAGAAGAAAACGGCGCCAUAGUCAAACAUGACUUUUUAAAAGCAUUGGAUACCACUCAAGUGAUUGAUUUGAGUGAUGAUGAUAAUGACGACAAUGAAGAACAUGAGGAUUCAAACAAAACCGAGGCACAGGAUGAUGUGAGAAGCUUGAUAUGGCAUUAUCAAGACCCUCAGGGAGAUAUACAGGGUCCUUUCUCUCUCCUGUCGCUGAAAAAUUGGAUGGACCUCGACUACUUUCCAGACGAUUUUAAGGUUUGGAAGACGGGUCAAAACCUAAAUAAUGCUGUUUUGUUGGCUGACAUAGUUGGUCGAAUGUUUCAGAUUUAAGAUUUGUUGCAUAUUAUUGUAAAUGGAUAAGAAUAUCAGAUUGUUCUUGUAGCUGGUUGGUAUUUUGAAGAUGAAAAUGUGCCUUGCUAAAAUAAA